GUUAGGAUAGAUUUGUGAUUAAGAACCAACAUUUAGCACAUAUCUCAUUGCACAGAGCUUGAACGGCAUGGCGUUUACAAACGGAUUUGUAUUGAUUGUUACAGCAUUGUCGGCAAGGUAUCUUGUCGACGCAGCGGGUCAGCUGGAUGUUCAAGCUGAGGAACGAGCCGACCAGGUAUCAGAAAAAAAGUGCCGUCCUGAUAUAUUUCCCACGAUUAAAUUUGCUGGAACGUGCCAUACCUUAGAAAACCUGGAAGAGUGUAAAGAGCUGGAAAUAAGUGCCUCAAAACACUGUGCAGAAGGAGCUAUGUGCUGCUACCGAUCCCCAUCGCAAGGAAACAAAAUCCUGAAACGUUUACGUAAGAGAAAAAACAUUAAGAAGCAUCAUACACCGGAGCAUAUAUUUGAACAAGCUGCACCCGCUGUACCGGUGGAAGAACAAUCUUCGGAGAAGCAGCAAAUCCCAGCAAUGGUUGUGACCGACGCGCCCACCGAACCUCCCACUACGCCUGCGCCAGUGACCGAGCCCCCAACCCAACCGCCGACUGAUGCACCAACUGAACCACCGACCACAUCGACAGAAGCCGCAACACCGGCUCCUGUACCAGAAGCUCCCAAAGCCGCGCUGGGUCAGUCGUGUAGUAAUAACAACGAAUGUCCUGAUUCGGGAACUACAUGUAUGGGCGGAAGCUGCAACUGCUGGUGGGACGAAGGCAAUGAUGCGGCAGACGUAUGGGCCUGUAAUACGGACCGUGAAUGCCAGCGCAAAUUUCCCGGUCACGUGUGCAGACCAACGCAGCUAUGCCGACAGUUUCCUGGACGUUCCGGAUUUUGCAUUCCUACUGGCGCUCUUCGUGAAUAAUCAUGAUACUUAACGCACAAAACAUUUCUGAAUCGGGAUUUUAUGCCCGGGCCGGGCUUAAUUUAUAUAAGGUUUUUCUAAUUAGCAACUGCAUUUAUAGAUAUUUUGUAUUCCAAAAAUACGCGGUCGAUUUUAAAUAUUUUAUCGUACGCUAUUUGAAACAGCCCAUUUGGUAUUUUUAUACCACUGAACCUCGAAGCAUUUUCUUGAU